CAUAUUUGUAUUCAUCACAUUUUAAGUUCAAAUUUCGUUUACCAAGGUUUCUGUUUCUGAGAGAGAAACUCAAAAAUGAUGAAACGCAAAAAUCCCCAAACUCCAUUAAUGGCAGAUCUUCGUACAAAGAUGUUGAAGAUCGUUCAUCACCAGCGGCAACUGAAAACUUCAUUUCACAAUCUCAAAUCUCAGAUCAAGACGGGGUUACUUGAUGCUGAAGAUGUAUUCACUUCAUUGUCGAUUCCCUUAAUGAAACUCGUUGGUUUAAAGACUGAAGAAAUGGCCGAGGAAGGAAGAUCUUCUACCUUCUACAUGGAAUCUGAUUCGGAUCAAUUCAAUUUUCAGCAUCCAAGUAAAUCUCCAUUUCCAGCUGAAGAACGAGAUCAGGUUGAGGAGGAGGUAAGUUACAGUGCGAGAGUUAGAAAAGCAAGAAAGGAAGUCAUGGAGAAACAAAGAGCACAGCUUCAAAAACUUGUUUACCUUCUGAGAAAGAUUGAGAUUCAUGUGAAUACUCGCCAAGAUGACAUUCUGGAAACAUUGAAUCAUCACUCCAGUUCUAUCCACCGUACAUUCCAGAAAUCUGCUUCGUACCUUGUAAAUGUUCACCGUAUUGACCAAACUAAUAGUAAUCAGCUCAUUGUCACGGUGUUGAGGCUUUUAAAAGGGAUAUUUGAACAAAUGAAUUUAGUUACAAAAUCUGUUGAAGAUGGCGUGAAGGAUUUGAUACGUGAAUUAGCCGAACAGAUGUGUGUUCCAAUGGUGGGUUAUGUUCAAGAAAUUAAGGCUGAAAUGGCAACAGGUGGUACAUUGAAGACAUUAAUUGAUGUAGUGGGUGAGAUGGACCGAGUGAUUCUAGAUGGGAGAUUGAAACUCGAAGAGGCAAAGAAGGAGGCGAGAAUUGAACAGGCGAGGAAGUUCGAGGCGUUGAGUAGAUUAAAUGAAUCAGAGGAGAAGAGGUUAGCUCUGAAUGAGUUGUUUGGGUUUCUUUUAAAGUCCAAGGAAAACUCCAAGGAACCUGUCUUGCUUCAACAUAAGUUUGUAGCCUUGGAGAAAGACCAAAUCGUAGAUGAGUGCAUAAGAUCGCAACUUAAAACAGCACUGAAGAACCAUAACAACAAGAUCCAAUCAAAAUUUCCGACUAGUCCGUGGGGAACUGCUGAGCUUCUGAAGUUUGUGCCAGCUGCACCAGUUAAGAAACUCCAUGAGCAACUGAUAAGCAGAGCUAAUUGUGAAAGCAAGUUUUCGACAGAAUUGGUUAAACCGGCAGUCAUAAGUCAGAACCUGAGGCGAACAACUAGGAGUGUGACGCAGACACUCAGGAACCAGAUGGGUGCACCAGGAAAUUCAUCUUCAGAUUGUUGGCCAAGCUUGGGUUCGUCACCUUCAGUUCUGGUCGAUCAUUGUCAGCAACGUAAACAGAAUGUCCAGAGGCGCACAUCAUCCACGAAGAAGUUCCGUGUUCAAACGUUGCGGUAGUUAAGUGUGUUUUAAAGUGACAGGUAACAUGGAGUUUGAGUAUAUGCUGGAGCGAAGUUCUCAAAUGCCAACAAACUGCCUCAUGUUCUUUACAGAUUAAAGGUUGUAGGAGUAUUAUGUUUUAAGGUUUCUUUGCAGAUUAAAGGUUUUAGGAGUAUUAUGUUUUGAGUUUUUUUUCCUGAGUUUUACGAAAUUUGUAAGAAAAUAUGGGAAUAUUAUAUAUAUAGAAACAAGGCUGUGCAUAGAGAGUUUUGGAUUUACUUUCUGGUCAUGGUACUGUAGUUUUUCACCCUACUCUGUUUUGUCACUGGUGCUUGUUUGAUAACUAGCGUCUUCAAAGAGUAACAAGCUUCAAGUUAUCUGUGUUGCUA